AUGCGUACAGCCGCGCCGUCCUUGCUUUCGUGUUCGUCCACGGCCAGUGUCACGCGCUCGUUGCGGAUUUGGCGCGAGUACCAAUGGCCAGACUUUCGGCAGCGUGCGUCAAGUGACUCAGCACCGACAGCGCCCCGACGACGCCGCCGCACCUGCCUCUUGACGUUUGGGCUAUUACUUCUCGGUGUUCUCGGGAUCGUCGCGGUCGUUUUGACGAUCACGACGAUUGUUGAGCGUGCGUUACCAGUGACUGCGACGCCAACACCGGCACCCCAUGCGCCGUCGGCCACGACCACGACCGCACCGGCAUUUAGUGAGACGAAAUCACCACAAGCAACGGGCUCGUACACGACGCCUGUGCCAAGCUCCAAUGACGUUGGCUCCAUGUACGCACCAGACCCGUACACGAUUGUGUUCCCGUUGAACAGCACCCAAGAAGUGCCGCGGUCGACUAAAGUCUCGCGCAUCGUCGAAACGGAAAGUCCAACCGACGAGGACGACAUUCUUUUGCCCGAAGAAGUUCAAGUGCACACGCAGCUCGCACGGCUACGCAAUGCUAUGGGCAUGGAAAACGUCCCAUUCUACAGCCGCGAGAUCGCUCUCCGCGUCGGCAGCCUGGCCAACAGCUGCUCCAGCUUUGUGAAUGAAACCGCGCUGCCACAGAUCGCCCGCAUACGGACUGUCAAGUGCUCCGCGGACGCCUGCAUCCAUACGCUGGGGCCGAUUUGGACAUGGUUCGAGGCUGGCUUUGCGCAGUGGAAUGAGGCAGCCAGCGAGUGUAUGCAGCCUGCGUCACACGCGUGCCGCGCGCUCCGAGGCUGGCUCAACCCGGAUUUGACCGACGAGGAAAACCUCCGGCUUUACGGCAGCUGA